UGCUGCUGCUGCUGCUGCUGCUGCUGCUGCUGCUACUGCUGCUGCGGCUGUCUGGUCUGUCAGAGUUGAAAAGGGCUGUGAGGUUUAGAGGAACUGCAGUCCUGAAGACUGAACGCUGCUAAGUGGCCUCCCUGUCAGAAUAGCGAGAUUUUCUGCAGCGUUGGAAACUUGGACCUCUUACCACUUCAUCUGCCCAGAAAAGCAAGCAGCUCUACAGUCAAUAAGAAAACAGAUCUGCCGCGACCAAGGUGGGCACUGAAGAGAAGAUGUUUUAAGAAGUCCCUAUUGCAGAGAAACUUCAACCACUAAGGAUGGAAAACGAGACAGCCGGUGAACUGAACCAAACCCAGCUCCAGCCUCGAGCAGUGAUGACCCUUGAAUAUCAAGUGGUCACCAUCUUGCUUGUACUCAUUAUUUGUGGUCUAGGCAUUGUGGGCAACAUCAUGGUAGUCUUGGUGGUCCUGAGAACCAAGCACAUGAGGACACCCACAAACUGCUACCUGGUGAGUCUGGCAGUGGCCGAUCUUAUGGUCCUGGUGGCUGCGGGCCUCCCCAACAUUACAGACAGCAUCUACGGUUCCUGGGUCUAUGGCUAUGUUGGCUGCCUCUGCAUUACUUACCUUCAGUACUUGGGAAUUAAUGCAUCCUCUUGUUCAAUAACAGCCUUUACCAUUGAAAGGUACAUAGCAAUCUGUCACCCCAUCAAAGCCCAGUUUCUCUGCACAUUUUCCAGAGCCAAAAAGAUCAUCAUCUUUGUCUGGGCUUUCACAUCCAUUUACUGUAUGCUCUGGUUCUUCCUGCUGGAUCUCAACAUUAGCACCUACAAAGAUGCUACUGUGGUGUCUUGUGGCUACAAGAUCUCCAGGAAUUACUACUCACCUAUUUAUUUAAUGGACUUCGGUGUGUUUUAUGUUGUGCCAAUGAUCCUGGCCACUGUCCUCUAUGGAUUCAUAGCUAGAAUCCUCUUCUUAAAUCCCAUUCCUUCAGACCCUAAAGAAAACUGUAAGACGCUGAAAAACAACUCAACCCAUCAGAACAAGAAUGUGAACUUAAAUACCUCUAACAGAUGUUUCAACAGCACUGUGUCUUCAAGGAAGCAGGUCACCAAGAUGCUGGCAGUGGUUGUAAUCCUUUUUGCCCUUUUAUGGAUGCCCUACAGGACCCUUGUGGUUGUCAACUCAUUUCUCUCCAGCCCUUUCCAAGAAAAUUGGUUCUUGCUCUUUUGCAGAAUUUGCAUUUAUCUCAACAGUGCCAUCAACCCAGUGAUUUACAACCUCAUGUCCCAGAAAUUCCGUGCAGCCUUCAGAAAGCUCUGCAACUGCAAGCAGAAGCCAGCAGAAAAGCCGGCCAGUUACAGUGUGGCCCUGAGUUACAGCGUCAUCAAGGAGUCAGAGCACUACAGCACAGAGCUGGAUGACAUCGCUGUCACCGACCCUUACUUGUCUGCCACAAAAGUGUCCUUUGAUGAUACCUGCUUGGCUUCUGAGGUAACUUUCAGCCAAAGUUGAUUUGUGAGUCACAAGAAAAUGGACCACAGAGUAAAUGAGAAUCUCUGCAGCUUUGGACAGAGGAAGACACAGCCAAUGUUUGUAUCAGAAGGCAGAGCAGUCUUCACCACUGCUCUGAUGAGUGAUUCAGAUUGCUUUUCUUAAAAAACAAGCAUCACAAAAAAAAUGGGGCAAAUCUGGAAAAUGGCUAGAUGGUGAAAACUAAAAGCCUAUCACCUUUCAUUUACUUGGGGAAAUUACUAUAUUUUCUGGGGUUAUGAAAUUACAAU